UGUUACUGUAGGUAAGAAGUUCUUGUUCGAUACGAUCUCGUGCCACAUGAAGCACCAGUGAAAAUAGAAACAAAAUGGCUGUUAUCUUAUUUGAAGUUUGUUCCUCCUGUUCUACAUGGCUCAAAGAACGGUUGUGAAAAUUGCCACACCCAAACUUCAGAGAGAAGGUGGCGGCUUCCUGGUCCGACGAGUGAUUGGAGGAGUAGUGCCAAGAUGUGAUCCAUUCCUGAUGUUGGAUCACAUUGGUCCAACAGAGCACAAACCGGGCGAGGCUCUUGGUGCCCCAGACCACCCCCAUAGAGGGUUUGAGACGGUCACAUAUGUCAUCGAUGGGGGAGUCAAGCACCAAGAUUCUGCAGGCAACAAAGGUGUCCUGAAGGCUGGUUGGGUGCAAUGGAUGACAGCCGGCAGUGGAGUGGUCCACUCCGAGAUGCCUACAGAUGACUUGUUGAAGAAUGGGGGUAAACAAGAGGGGUUCCAGCUCUGGGUUAAUUUACCAUCCAAGAACAAGAUGAUGGAGCCACGUUACCAAGAGGUGCCAGCAGAAACUAUUCCGUCCGUGAAAACGCCUGAUGGCAACGUCAUUGUCAAAGUUAUUGCAGGAGAAUCUCUAGGAGCCAAGUCGACCAUCGAGACACUCAUCCCUAUCAUGUUUCUGGACAUCCAUCUGAAGGCCGAAUCUCAGUUUUCUCAGACAAUACCCGAGUCAUGCAAUGGCUUCGUUUAUGUCUGGAGAGGGGCUGGAUUUGUGGGGCAUAACCUGCUCCCUGCCCACAUGGGUCAGAUUGGGGUGCUGGGGGAGACAGGGUCCGAGGUGCUGUUGAAGGCAGGGACACAAGACUGCCAUGUGCUGCUUGUGUGUGGUCAGCCAAUCAAUGAACCUGUUGUCCAGUAUGGGCCAUUUGUGAUGAAUACACAGGCGGAAAUUGACCAGGCAAUUGAGGACUACCGAGCGGGCAAGCUUGGUGAGAUCCCAGGCAAGGAGGACAGGUUUCGGCAGACAGAGGCAGCUCAGGCUAUGCAAAAGAAAAACAGCUCAGCAACAUAAAGUGGCGGCCAUUUUGUAACUCUGAAAUACUCAAUUGUUGUUUGCUUGUUAUGAAAGAUGGUUGCCUUAGUCUAUUUUAUUUCAGUGUUGUUUAUAUAAAAAUAUAUAUAUGUAUAUAUAUUUGAUGUUUUUAAAUCUGUGAACCAACUUAUUAACUACAUAUGUGAAGACUUUCUGCAACAUGAAACAAUGCAUAACACGUGUAACUGGUAGUGGGUGUGGCCUAAUCUUUUUUCAGCUCAUGGAAAUAAUGACUCAAGUAGUAAUAACUGCUUAGUGAACCAAUGAGAAGCCUCAGAAUCACUUGCAAUUUAUAACCUAUUAUUCAUUAUUCACCUUUUGAUACAACUAAGAGAAGGAGAAAAACUUAUUUGUUACAGACUUGUUGUGACAUAUAUUAUUACCAAAUGUUGACCCUAUAUUUCCAAUUUUAUUUCUAAAUAGGGUUUGAUAAUCACAAAUGGGAUUUGUUUUAUUAAAUAUGUAAAUAAAAUUUAUAAAAGCUACAUUAACUUCCAAAGGAGAAACUCAAAAAUGACAUUAAAAUAUUUCUCAAACUGAACAUUCGUGUAACUUGCUGUCAUACCCAAAGUGGAAUUUUAAAUGAAUUCGCUGAAAAAUGAC